AAACUCUGAUUGGUUGAAACUUUGAAUACGCCCUCAACCUUCAGGUGACGGGUUUAUUUUGGACGCUGCAGAACUCAGGCUUGUCUGCUACAGUAUUUAAUAGUAUGUCUAAAUAGUUCGCCAUCUCUGAUAAUUGCCUUAAUAAUGACGGAUCCUGACUUGGGUCUUGCAGGCCAGCAUGUCAUCUCUGACAAAACACCAGUUCAGCUGCUUUAUGAAUAUGGCACUAAAACGGGCAGUGUGCCUUCAUACAUAAUGGAGAGAGCAGAUGGAGAAGCCCACCAACCGCUCUUCAUCUUUAAUGUCACCAUAGGGGACAUCACCUGUUCAGGCCAGGGUCCCUCUAAAAAAGCUGCCAAACAGGAGGCCGCGAUGGCGGCUUUGAAAACACUGGAGCUAGACAUGGAAAAUAGCCCUCAAAAUCAAAGGAUUGAAAAUAAUGGCUGUGAUGUUGACGCAAACGACCAGUGUAAUCCAGUAGGAAUACUGCAGGAGCUGGCGAUGCAGAGGUCAUGGCGUCUGCCAGAAUACAUAGUAUGUUCAGAAGCAGGUCCAGAUCAUAAAAAAGAGUUUACGGUUAUUUGCCGUUUGGAGACACUCUCCGAAAAAGGUACAGGCAGCUCGAAAAAGAAUGCCAGAAGAAUAGCAGCAGAAAAGAUGUUGGAAAAAUUGCAAAGUCUCUCAGGGUCUACUGAGAUUACAUGGAUCUCUCCCCCUGUUCUGUCAAAUCGUCUGCAGAAUCCAAAACCACAUGUAUAUUUGGAGAGUUUGAGGAACUCGGACCUAGAGUUGAUUUCCUUACUGAAGAGGAAUUCUCUCAGUAUUCCCAACACGGAUUAUGUACAGAUGAUGCUGGAGUUAUCUCAGGAGCAGGGCUUUGAGGUGACAUAUUUUGACAUAGGUGAACUUACAGUAAAUGGGCAAUACCAAUGUUUGGCCGAACUGUCCACUGUGCCGGUUACAGUAUGUCAUGGUACAGGAAUCUCCUGCAGUAAUGCACACAAUGAUGCAGCUCACAAUGCUCUACAGUACAUUAAGAUUGUAGCUAGCAGCAAAUAAUCACCACCUAAGCUUUAAAUGAAGCAUUCAAACAAGUCUGAAAGUGUGCUCUGACCAAUUUCUUAAGGUUGCUUACAGUUUGUUUAAGCUGAAUAGUCAGUUACCUACUGAGAGACAUUUAUUUAUUUAUUUAUUUUUCUGUAAUGGAUGUAUGAUAUGUAGGCAUCAUGGAAUGCUACCCAAAAGUGAAGGAUGUGUGUAAUUUCUGACUGCAGUAUGUAAUUUUCCCUCAUCAAAGCCUCAAAGCCAGCCUUUUUCUUAACCACUUGCUCACAUUUUAGAACCAUACCAUCGUCUGGUUUCUUCACAGGCUUUCAUGGUCUGUUCAACAUUAACCAAGCUCUACCUGAUAGAACAAGCUGGGAGGCGAAAAUGAGGAAAUUUGGAUAAAGAGAAGAUCUAUUUUAUAAAUUCUGGUGUUUAUGAAGGGCUUAUAUUUUUCCUUGACAUUUUUAUGUGAACAUGUAAAACUUAGAACAAGAAUAUAUCAUAAUCAGCUGUGUAAAAUGUUUUUUCUUUUGUUUUUAUUUGGUAUUCAUUCACUCGUUCUUAUUACACAUAAUUCAUUAUUUUUCCUUUGGUAUUGAAGUGUAAUGAUGUUUCUGUUGACAUGUUCAAUAUGAAGCACUCUACUGAAUGUACAGUGUGAACGUUUGAACAAGAAAGCUCCUUGUCUUCCUUGACAGAUUAAAAAUUUAAGCAUGUUUCACAAUUAAUGUGCCAAUUUGUUUUAAUUAUGCAUUAAGUAAUUCAUCAAAACGAGUGGUGGAAGGAGCACUGCUUAUGAAUCCAAAGAGGAGUCUUAGAGAAGAAGUGGGUAAUAUAAUGAAAAGUACACACAGAUUUUUUUUUUUUUAUACACUACCAGUCAGAAGUUUGAACACACCUUUUAAUUCAAUGUUUUUUGUUUAGGGAUUUAUUUUCUACAUUCUAGAACAAUACUGGAGAUUUCAAAACUAUGAAAUAACACACAUGGACUUAAGUAAUCCAUAUGUAAUGACAACAAAAAACAGUCAGUUGUUAUUUUAAGACAUGAAGGUCAGGUGUUCUGGAACAGUUCUUGCAAGAACAGUAUUGUCAAGUGCAUUUGCAAAACCCAUCAAGCACCAUGAUGAAACUGGCUCACAUGAAGACCAUCCCAGUAAAGCAAGACCAAAACUUACCUCUGCUGCAGAGGAGAAGUUCAUUUAGAGUUACCAGCCUCAGAAAUCACCAAUUAACAGCACCUCAGAUUAGAGCCGUUAUGAAGGCAUCAGUAGCAGACAUAUCUCAAUAUCAACUGUUCAAAGGACAUUAUUGUGUAUUUCGGCCGCCUUCAGCAUUGUUUUACAAUGUAGAAAGAAAUAAACAUCAGGAAAGACCAUGGAAUUAGAAGAUGUGUCCAAACUUUUGACUGGUAGUGUAUGUAUAUAUAAAUACUGUCUCACUGUGAAGGUUUUUUUUGUGUGUGUCACAGCCAGAGCCAGUGAUGCAGAGCAGAAAAACCUUUAACUGACCGGGUCUUGCUGCUCGUGUGUGUGAAAUUGGCAGGU